AUGGAGGAGGAAUCGCCCGUCCCCAAGCCUGGGAAGGCAGUCAUCAGCAAUCCAGUGGACAUUUCUGUCAUCUGCCUCUACUUCCUUGCAGUCAUUGGAGUCGGACUCUGGUCUAUGUGCCGGACCAAUCGGGGUACCGUCAGGGGAUAUUUCUUGGCUGGCGGGAACAUGGUGUGGUGGCCGAUCGGCGCCUCUCUCUUUGCCAGCAACAUUGGCAGCGGCCACUUUGUGGGUUUGGCAGGCACCGGCGCAGCUAAUGGCCUGGCAGUGGCAGGAUUCGAGUGGAACGCUCUCUUCAUUGUUUUCCUCCUAGGAUGGUUCUUUGUCCCGGUGUACCUUGCAGCUGGGGUCAUCACAAUGCCACAGUACCUGAAGAAGCGCUUCGGGGGCCAAAGAAUCCGUCUCUACCUCUCCGUCCUCUCUCUUUUCUUGUAUAUCUUCACCAAGAUCUCAGUGGACAUGUUCUCUGGAGCUGUGUUCAUCCAGCAAGCCUUGGGCUGGAAUAUUUAUGUGGCUGUCAUAGCCCUCCUGAUCAUAACCACCAUUUACACAGUGACAGGUGGGUUGGCAGCACUGAUGUACACAGACAUAGUCCAGACGUUCGUCAUGAUCAGCGGAGCAUUUGUCCUCAUGGGGUUUGCCUUUAAUGAGGUGGGAGGCUACCAGGGGCUGUUUGACAAAUAUAUGGGGGCCCUUCCCAGCCGGACCCCUGCCCUCUACAACAUCUCGGCCUCCUGCUAUGUGCCCCGCAAGGACUCUUUCCACAUGAUCAGAGACGCCAUCAUCAGUGACCUGCCCUGGCCAGCUGUUAUCUUCGGCCUGUCGAUCAACUCUCUCUGGUACUGGUGCAGCGAUCAGGUCAUAGUGCAAAGGUGCCUGGCUGGGAAGAACCUCACCCACGUCAAAGCCGGCUGCAUCCUUUGCGGCUACCUCAAAUUGCUGCCGAUGUUCCUUAUGGUUAUGCCUGGCAUGAUCAGCCGAAUCCUGUAUCCAGAUGAAGUGGCCUGUGUCAUCCCGGAGGAAUGCAAACGAAUCUGUGGCACGGAGGUUGGGUGUUCCAACAUUGCCUACCCCAAACUGGUGGUGACCCUCAUGCCGAGAGGCCUCCGGGGGCUCAUGCUGGCCGUGAUGCUGGCCGCAUUAAUGAGCUCGCUGGCUUCCAUCUUCAACAGCAGCGGCACCCUCUUCACCAUGGACAUCUAUAACCGCCUGAGGCCACAAGCCAGCAACAAGGAGCUCUUGAUAGUGGGCAGGGUGUGGAUCCUGCUACUUGUGGGGGUCAGCAUUGCGUGGAUCCCAGUGGUGCAAGCUGCCCAAGGUGGGCAGCUCUUUGACUACAUUCAGUCCAUCAGCAGCUACUUGGCCCCACCGAUUGCUGCCAUCUUUCUCCUUGGCCUCUUUGUCAAAAGAGUUAACGAGCAGGGUGCAUUCUGGGGGAUGGUGGGAGGACUAGCCAUGGGCAUGGCCCGGAUGAUCCCCGAAUUCAUUUACGGGACAGGGAGUUGCCUCUUCCCCAGCGCCUGCCCCCGCCUGAUCUGUGGCGUCCACUAUCUCUACUUUGCUGUCAUCCUCUUCUGCAGUACAGCCAUCAUUGCGAUGGGCGUCUCUCUCUGCACCGCACCUAUCCCUGAUAAACACCUGCAUCGCCUGGUGUUCAGCCUCAGGCACAGUAAAGAAGAGCGGGUUGAUCUGGAUAUAGAGGAAGAGGCGGUGGUUAAGCAGAGGGAAACUACCUGGCAACAGCGCCGGGAACAAGCAGAGACUGAAGCAGCGCAGAACGGGAGACUGGAGCGGGCGUUGGAGGUGGACGAUCCCGAAGCAGCACCCUCCUUUGGCCGGCUGCGGCAGUGUGUGAGCUGGUUCUGUGGAAUGGGAGCAGGCAGCCAGGGGCAGGCGGAGCUGAGCCCAGAGGAGAAAGCUGAGGAGCUGCAGUGCCUGACCGACAUCACAGAGCAUCCAAUCUGGAGACAUGUUGUCAACGUCAAUGCUGUCAUCAUGAUGGCCCUCGCAACGUUCUUGUGGGGCUACUAUGCCUGAGCACGAUCCACGAUGGCAGCUCUCUGUAAACCUCUGAGCCCUCGGCUGCCCACCCAUCUGGGCAUGCCUUCAGCUUCCAAGGAUCAGUGGAAGCAACAAGAUAGGAUCAGAGUUGGCAGGGACCAAACAGGCAUCAGCUCAGUCAGCUCACAUCCACAAGCCAGGAUCACCCAAGCCCACCAAAGAUCAACUCACAUAACCUAGGUUAGAGUGUGGCACAGGCAGGUGUAAUGCAGCGCAGGGAAGGGGAGCCUGUAAUCCUCCAGAUGUUGUUGGACUAAAUACCCAUCAGCCCCAGCCAGUGCGGCCAAUGGUCAGGAAUGAUGGGAGUUGUAGUCCAACAAUAUCUAGAAGGCGACAGGUUCCCCAUUCCUGAUACAGCAAGAUGUCCCACUUUGAAGACACUUCUUAGUUCCUCUGUGCCAUAUGCCACCCAUCUUUCCCAAAGCUGUCACCCCAAGUUAUGAAUCCUCCACCCCAAUGUUAGUGGCACUGCAAAAAACAUUUUUUUAAAAAAACUGGCAUUCUUCUUCAGUGCCCUGGUACCUGGGAUUUUCCCACAGCCUUGUCCUUACACAUUCUUACCUUGGGCAAGACAUUCUAGCUUUACAGCUGCUUGCCCACAAUGCCACUUUUCUUGGUUCUACAUUCAUGCCUGGUCAUCCAAGCCACACACGUUUCUCCCGAUGCUUUUCACCCUCAACAUCCUCCACAAAUGUGCAUGGCCCCCAGAACUCAAGCACCUCUCUUGCCAUUGUCACCAUUUACACCUGAUGUGGGAAACCUUGGGCCCUCCCAGUGUUGCUGAACUACAACUUCCAUCAUCCCUGGCCAUUGGCCAUGUUUGCUGGGGCUGAUCAGCACUGUAGUCCAACAUCAUGUGGAGGGCCAAAGGUUCCCCACCCGAUUUACAUGAAUAACAACAUAGCAGGGGUCGGGGGCACUGUUCAGUUCUUCAAGAGCCACACAGAGGUAAUGAGAGUCAGGCAUAACUUAUUCACUAUGAAGACCACUAUGUGUUUGAGGUAGGCAAUGCUGGCCUACCCCAUUCCCCCAGAAAGCCACACCUUUGACCCCACCAGCAGCCAUCUAGAUCCAGGCCUUUGGAAAACAGAGAGACAGACAAACAGGAGAAUAAACACAACUGUGUAAAUGGGCAACGCUUUUGUGUGUUCUAGACUGGAGCCAAAGAGGGUGAGGGUGUCUUGUACUCCUUCUCUUUUCUGAACAAAGACAGGCAGAUGCUCACUCCCAAAUUCAGGGGAUUAAAAAAAUCUACAUAAACAAACAGGGACCCUGAAGGAGGGACAGUUCCCAUCAUAACAUAUCCUGUCAGGGAAUGGAAAUUGUGUGUUUUUGAGGCCUAUAUUAGUUAAAUUAAACAUGCUGGCAGACAAACACGAGG